AUGCUUGAUCCACACUACACAUCUCCAUACGAUAACAAGAAACUCGAAGUCAAUCUCUGGCUGCAAGACAUACCAUCACCCUAUUCACGCAUUGUGUAUCCUGCCAACUACGCCCUACCUCAAUCAACCAUCACAAACAGUUGCAUCUACGGGCCGUGCAUCAUGGUCCGAGCCUCAGAAAGAAGCUUGUCCAACCUUGCCAGCUCAGGCACUGUCCUACUCUUCACACCAGUCGUUCAUCCAGCCGGCGCGGUUAAGGCGACCAGUAAGACCUCGACGCAGAUGAACAUCGACCCUUUCGAAUCGCUAGGCCGUGCCCUAAGCCGCUAUCACAAGCGCAUUCGCCACGUGCCAUACGUGCCGAGAAUCGGUUUCACAGAAACACACGAUGCCUUCCUCAGUCAGGCCGACGCCGUGAUCGUCGUCAUGUGCGAGCCAGAGACGUUCAAACACGAAGGGCUGGGCAACCAAGGCGAUUUCGUGGAAAGCGCGAACGAAGCACUGAAAGAAAGUCUUGCUGGACGACCAAUGAAGUAUCCGUUGAUCGUCAUCCAAUGUGGCAAUCAGGAGGGGAGUUGGUGGCCCGAUGCUUCAUCCUUCGAGACACUGAUCAAGUGUCGUUCCUAUGACCAGGAUAUGGCGCUGGCGAUUGCCAAGAGGCUAUUUUCAUGA